GGCCGGCGGGUGGUACGCCCCGCGGACUCUCACUGGGCACCCACCCGGCUGCGGGAGCGCGAGGCGCCGCUACUGUAGCCAUGGGCAGCUUCCAGCUGGAGGACUUCGCGGCGGGCUGGAUCGGAGGUGCAGCCAGCGUCAUUGUCGGUCACCCUCUGGACACGGUCAAGACUCGCCUGCAGGCUGGCGUCAACUACGGGGACACCAUCAGCUGUAUCCGCACAGUGUACAGGAGGGAGAGUGUCUUCGGCUUCUUCAAGGGCAUGUCCUUUCCCCUUGCCAGCAUCGCGGUCUACAACUCUGCGGUGUUUGGGGUCUUCAGUAACACGCAGAGGUUCCUCAGCCAGCACCACUGCAGGGAGCCCGGGGCCAGCCCGUCCAGCACCCUGUCUGACCUUCUCCUGGCCAGCAUGGUGGCUGGCGUGGUCUCUGUGGGGCUGGGCACGCCCGUAGACCUCAUCAAGAUCCGGCUGCAGAUGCAAACACAGCCAUUUCAGGAAGCCAACCUUGGUUUGAGACCCAGGGCGAUGACUCUUGGGAAGCCACCAGUCUACCAGGGGCCUGUGGAUUGCAUUGCAACCAUCGUGCGGACCGAGGGCCUGGCAGGGAUGUACCGAGGUGUUGGCGCCAUGCUGCUGAGGGAUGUCCCGGGCUAUUGCCUCUACUUCAUCCCCUACGUGUUCCUGAAUGACUGGAUCACACCCGAGGCCUGCACAGGCCCCAGCCUCUGUGCUGUGUGGCUGGCAGGCGGCAUGGCAGGAGCAAUUUCUUGGGGGACAGCGACUCCUAUGGAUGUCGUGAAAAGUCGACUCCAAGCUGAUGGGGUUUAUUUAAACAAAUACAAAGGUGUCCUGGAUUGUAUCUCCCAGAGUUACCAGAAGGAAGGUCUUAAAGUGUUUUUCAGAGGCAUCACUGUGAACGCUGUGCGCGGCUUCCCCAUGAGCGCCGCCAUGUUCCUCGGGUAUGAGUUCUCGCUGCAGGCAAUCCGCGGGGACCACGCCGUGACUAGCCCCUGAGCGCCAGCCAGCGUGCAGUCCUGGGAGAGCUGCCACUGUGUCUCCGCCUCUGUGUCACUGGUGCCUCACGCGGAGCCCGACACCCAGAUGGCCCCUCAGAAACAUCACUGAGAAGACGGGCAAUCAAGUGCCAGCGUCCCCUCAGCUCCUCCCCUUCUUUUCCUCCCUGUUUCUCCUUCUCUGGCUCCACACUGGUGUCCUGCAGAGCUGAGAAGACAAGGUGGAACGAGUCACUGAAUUUUCUAGUCAACAAGAAACCAUUUUGCUUCAGCCUUGGCGACUACGAAUUCUCUCAAGAAGGAUGGCUUUUGUCAGAAAGGUCUCGCAGUCCUCUCUGCUGCCUUCCCUGGGCCAGCAGAGGCCUGCUAGCAUUCGUGGACGGGCCCAGACCCUAGACCCAAGGGAAGGGUGUGAUGGAUCAGGCCGAUGAGACUGAGCCCAGGACAAGGCUUAGAAUGCCGGCUUCAUCAGAUGAUUUAGCUUUUCAUUAAAGCACCCACAUUCACAGCUCUCCCGGCUUUUGGCUCUCUUUACAAAAGGAAAAGAGUAGUAACACAUUUUGCAUAAUUAAACGUCUUGAGUGGGUUUUGUCCAGGGCGAGGAAGAAGAACGGCCUGGUUCUUAAAGCUUUUCUCAGAUAUCAGCUGCUCUCCACCUUGAACAGGUGAAAAUAGCUUUCAAAAAAAAAAA